AUGGAGGAGAGGAAAGCGUACUCGCGGGACGGGGUGUUAGCUCACCUGGAGGUGCUGGAGGCCCAGGCUCACGAGUUGGCCCUGAAGCAAGAAGAAAAGGAGCAGCAAGAGGAGAAGCUGGCCGGGCUGAAAGGCAGGGUGCAGGAGCUGAGAGCCCAGAGGGACGAGCUGCGGGCAAAACUGGAGCUGCAGCAAAAGCGGCUUCUGGAGGAAGAAGCUGUCGAGACGGCCCCAGAGCCGCCCAGCGCUCAGGAUGUUUUGGAGUGGAAGAUAAAAAGCCUCAAGGCCCUGCUGCAGCUCUUUUACCUCACAGGGAUCAGUGGCAAGCUGACCAAGCGGGGAGCGUGCUUCUGCAUCAGCACCGCUUACGAGGGCACCUACCUGGAGUGCUACCACCUGGACGUCCUCACCAAGCCGGAGGUGCAGAUUCAACGCCACUCCGUCCCCGCCUUCAUCCCCCUGGAGCAGAUCGCCGGCAAGCACCUGCAGACGGACGUCAGGCGCUUUCUGUCCGUCCUGUCGGCUCACCUCAACGCUUACGCCGGGCGGCGGUACCAGGCGGACCGCUUGCAGGAGCGCUUCUCAGACCUCCUAGGAGGGACCUUGCAGAGGAACUCCCUGUGUAACUUGCUGCUCUUUAAUUACAACGUGACAAGGGACGGCGGGAGCUUCCUGUUCACCGCCAAGCUGCUUUACGGAGAUCCCUGCGGCAGCCUCCCUACCGAAGCCGUCGUUUCGUGCGCACCCAACGCUCCGGCGGCGCUAGCGGCAAUGGCAGCAGCUCACUCAGACGUCUUCCGCCGCGUGGCGCUGCACAAAGCCUUCGACUCGUUCAGCAGAGCUGCAGAAACCCAGGACGAAGCGCUGAGAAGUCCCCCCAGCUCUCCCCAGUAACUCUUCUCCCCUGCCUGCCGGGCGUGCUCUCGGCGUGCAAAUGCUUUCCUCCCCCUGAGGAGCACUUGGCCCGCUUUGACUCUUGAGAGCGAUGUUUGCUGGAGGCCCCUGGGUGUCUGCUGCAGCAGAUUUCACGCCAGCAGUGGCUUUGGGCGUUCUUUUUUCCUUCUCUUUGGGCACGGGACAGCUUUCCUGAUGUCCUCCCCGUGCCCUUCCGAGUUUGGGUCCGAUCU